AUGCUUCAUGGGAUUCUUCCUCUUAGGCCGGUGGAGGCAAUUGUCGGCGCGGUUGCACCGCUGGAGGAUCUGAUUGGCGCUGAGGGCAUUUUGCCUUUUCCACAGAAUCAUCAAGUAGCUGAGCGGGAGCCCUUUCAAGCUGCUCCAGCCCGAGGUAAUGCUCAUCUGCUGCCCCGAUUAGAAUUUCCCUCUUUCGAUGGUGAAGCUCCUCGCGAAUGGAUUAGCAAAUGCGACAAAUUGUUUGAGACCUAUGCAAUCCCUAAUGAUCAGAAGGUAAAUUUGGCUGUGAUCGGUUUUGAGCGACGGCCCGAUGUUUGGUUUGAAGGUUGGAAAUAUGGCAAAAGUGAAUUAGUGUGGGAGGAUUUUGUGGUUGCUUUGUGCCAGAGAUUCGGUAGUCGUACUUAUGGCAGUGUGGUAGCUGCAUUCAAUAAACUUAGGCAGCAGGGCUCUUUGACUGAGUAUCAAGAGAAGUUUGAGGAGUUGAGGUCCCUGAUGUCGCAAUUCAACCCAGCCUUGGACGAGAUCUUCUUCAUUAGCAGCUUUAUCAAUGGCUUGAAACAGGAGCUGCGGCUAGUUAUGUCUAUGUUGCAGCCCCAAACAUUAGAUCAAGCUUACCGUCAAGCUAAAUUGGAGGAAGAUGCCAUCGAGGACUGCAAAAGAAAGAAGCAAUCCCAGCUUGGUGAUUACUUAGAGAUGGAUGUGGAUACAAGUACUGUGACUGUUGAAUCCUUUCUUUCUCCUAACAUGGUUGAUGGGAAUGGUGGAGACAAAGGAUUGAAUCAGCCAACUGGAGCUAUUGCACAAUCUGUCCGAAGUGCAAUUUGUGAAGCAGAAGGUGUCCCAAGUAGAGCUGAGGGGAAAUGCUCUAAUAUUCUAGCAUGUUGUACAGAGCCAGAACAGGGUGAGAUCUUGGAGAAUAGUUUGAAUGAGAGUUCCGUCUUUAAAGCUGUGGGUAUGACAGCUACGCAGAUUGUGUGCCGUGGUGUUAACCCGUGUUCAGAGUCUGGAAGUUGGGUGUGUUUCAUUCAAGAGAAAAUCCAGCAAUCUUCUUGUAGGAUUGAGGUGCCAUAUAGGGUGUACUUGCAAGAUAGUGGCGACCAAGUGACAGAUGAAGUUUUUACUGAUGCAUUAAAGAAAGCUAUGGACACUCAGGUUAUGGAAGUGGAUGAUACUGAUUUUAUUCAUGGAGCACCCAUUUCUACCAAGCUGAGUUUUGGUUUUCUGAAUAACAGAAAGCAAUUGUUCCUUGUUGAAUGGAAUUAUACUUUGCAGAAAGAUCAGGGGGAUUCGUGGCGUAGGGUGAAGUUUAAAACUGAAUUUCAUUCGCAUGGAAGAGGAAACCUCCCAGAGCACAAAGAACCCUACAAAGAGGGGGUUGUUCAGCAUUGUGAUGUUGUGACGAGUGUUCUUUUGGUGUGCUGCGAAAUGGUGGGCAUGAUGACUGAUGGGAAGACUUGGUAUAAUGUUUCCAAGGUGGCUGCGGUAGUAUUGAAGAAGGUGGUUGGAGUUCAUGACUAUGCUAGAGAACUCAAUUCUCCUGUCAGGAUUAUGUCGCCUGAAGUAUUCAUUUGUGAUUUUGUUCAAGACUGCAGACUGGUUCAAAAUGUUGGAGAGUUUGUUGCCACCGGUCCGGUAGUCUCUUGUUCUGGAUUCAAUAAAGGUUUUAACCGUGGAAAGGUGUCGAUUAUUGUAAUCCUUGAAGGGCUGAAUAGUGACAAAGCUACUAAUGCUGCAAGUGACUCAUUUCAGGCUACUUUCUUGGCUUCGCUUAAAGUUUAUGCCACUAUCAUUACUUCCUCUGCUGCUGUACCAUUGAGGGAAGAUGAUAUUUCCAAAACCUUUAGCAUUUAUGGGCUAGAGAAACAUGGUAUUGGUCGUGGAAUUGGUUUGUUGAUGGCCCAAGGGAAAGUGCAGCAAGCUGUUUUCAUGAUCAGGCUUGAAGAUGCAGUUGAUUGGCAGCAGGUUGAUGGUGAUCGAAUGAUAGGUAGGUUGAUGCAUUUUUCUUCACAAACAGCUGGUGCUGGUUGGCUCUUUUAUUCGGUGUUGAAAACUGUUCAGUAUGGUCAUUCUGACCUGGGUGAUUAUCUGUAUGAUGAUGGAAGGUUCGAUGGUUUCUUUGUGUUGGUGGAAUCUAAAGGAAGAGGUACUGACUUUGAUUUUAAAGAGCCUUACAAGGAGGCUUGUUGGAUGGUAGUUCUUUCUCAGGGAAGAGGCAACUGUCCUGCUUUUAAAGAACCCUACAAAGAUGGUGCAGAGGACAUCAACGAUGAAGAAAUUCUUGACCAGGAAUCUGUAAGAUCUUGGGGGUUGUAUGGCAGCAGUAGUUCCAAGCCUCUCAAGGAGGAUUGUGGGACUGUUAUGAUGUUGUUUGCUACUGGUAAUGGUGGGUUGUCAGGUCAGGAGUGUUAUGUGAUUUUCUCGCACGGAAGGGGCAUUGAUCCUGACUUUAGAGAGCCAUAUAAGGAGCUUAUCACUACUGGGGAAGGGAUUAUGGAUUGGUGGUGA